UUUAGCACAAUGAAGGUGUUCAUUGCAGCACUGCUUUUGCUCACACUGCAGUGUUCGUGUGCUGUGAGUCCCACCGAUUGCAAUGAUAUUGAGCCUGUGGCUGAGGAAGCUCUAGACCUGAUCAAUAAAGGGCGCUGGAAUGGCUAUCUUUUCCAGUUGCUGCGGGUUUCUGAUGCCCACUUGGACAGCGAGGGAUCUGCAACUGUCUAUUAUUUAGUCUUAGAUGUGAAAGAAUCUGACUGUUGGAUCCUAUCCAGGAAGCCCUUGGAUGAAUGUGAACAAGUUUCUAGACGGCCAUCUGAUAUAGUGAUCGGACAAUGUAAGGUAAUAGCUACAAGUUACUCAAAUGAAACUCAGGAUCUUAGAGUGAAUGACUUUAACUGCACCACAAGUUCUGUCUCUUCAGCACUGGCCAAUACCAAGGACAGUCCAGUACUUGCUGAUUUCUUUGAGGAUACUGAGGCCUACAGAAAAGAAGCUGACAAAGCCCUUGAUGAGUACAAGAAGGAGAACAGUGAUUUUGCUUCUUUCAGAGUGGACAAAGUAGAGAGAGUUGCAAGAGUGAGAGGAGAGGAACGAACGAAUUAUUAUGUGGACUUCUCUGUGAGGAACUGCUCUACACACCAUUUCCCCAGACCUCCUAAAGUCUUUGGAUUCUGCAGAGCAGUUUUGUCCUAUGCUGUAAAAGCCUCUGACUUGGAAACCCCAGAAGACCUUAAUGUGAACUGUGAAGUUACCAACUUGGAGGAACAUAGAAACUUCAGUGGUAUGCGACCACAUCCGGGCCAUCCCCACCAUUUUGGUAGGCACGGUCAUCCUCGUGGUGGCAAGCAUUCAUUUAAGCAUGGUGGAUUCAGAGGCCGUCAUCAUCCCCACGAACCACAUGAUCUUGGAUGCCCACCUCCUCCAGAAGAAAAAGAUAGCUCAGACAGACCACAAGAAGGACAUCCUCCACUAAUGCCCCCUUCAGGGCCAAGAUGCCAUCACCCUCCUUAUGACACCAGUGAUACCGAUAGUUCCCCUCAUAAUCAUAAUUCCAGUGAACAACAUGAACAAAAUCCUGAAGGACACCCUCCUCAUGGUCCCCCUCCUCAUGGACUCCAUCCCCAUGGAUGCUACCCCCAUGGUCCCCCUCCUCAUGGACAUCAUCCCCAUG